AUGGCGAGAAUGGGAUUAUCCAGUUUCCCCAGAUCUACCUUCGGGGGCCUCGGCGGGACAAGCAGCACUCCAAUCCGAGUCCUCAUCGCGCUUGCCCCCGUCGCCAUCCCCGCCGCCUACAUCCUCUACCUCCAGCGCUCGCUUGUGCGGCACACCGCUGCUUCGGCGCUCAUCUCCCCGCCGGAUUCCUUGUCCUCGGCAUCUUCGGCCGAAGGCACCAGCGACAAGGACUCGCUCCCGUCCGACGUCCGCCACCAUCUGGAGCAGUACGUCGUGGCGCGGGAGCGCGUGUCUUCAGCCCCCGUCCCAGUGUCGUCGCUUCGCCCCGAGUUCAUCUCCAAGAAGGGCAAUCUGAGCGGCCUGCUGGACUCGUAUCUCAGCGCUACGAUGACGGCGUUCUCCUGGACGCCGCAGGCUUUGCUGCUGGCGCGCAUGGCCUCGUCGCUGCCGGACCCGGAGGCGUACAGGCGCACUUUCGACGCCGAGUACCUCGCCGCGUGCCGCUUCCGGCCGGGCGACCGCGUGUGCGGCGUGUAUGUGGUGCGCAGCCGCAGCCGGAGCAAGGGCCGCGUGGUGCUGGAUCUGGCGCCGCCGGAGGGGUGGACGGGGCCGGUUGGGGGGGGUGCGUUGGUUGUUGGGUUUGAUAUCGAUGUUGAUCGUGCGGGGAGGGGGAGGAGGAGCGAUAGGGAGAGGGAGAGGGAGGGGAAGGGGAAGGGGAAGGAUGAGGGGGAGGGGGAGGUCAGGUUUGUGAAUGAGACGGUUAUGUGGAGGGAGAGGGAUGGGGGGAAGGCGACGCUGUUGGAGGGGUGGGUGGGGAGGUGGUUUCAUACUAUGAUGGCUAGGUGGUUGGUUGUUAAGGGGGUGGAGGCUGUGACGGGGGGGAAGAAUGAGUAG